GUUCUGUCCGCUGCUUUCGGCUCCUUGUACGUUCGGCGGGGCUCUGCGCUCAUGUCUCCCCGGCUCCUGAGGUUCGUUUUCGGCUCGAGCUCCGCGGUUCUCUGACCAUCUCCUCUCGGUGUGUUUUUCCUCUGAUAGCGGCGAUGCUCCGGCUCUGGUUCGGAGCGGCGGCGGUCCUUUGGUUGGUGCCCGGGUCCCUGGGAAGCGCAGCCCGGCUAUACACGGAGGAGGACCCGCUGGUGAUCCUGAGCAGCGGCAGCUUGAAGUCCGCCGUCACCAACUCCUCCUCGGCCUGGCUCAUCCAGUUCUUCUCGUCCUGGUGCGGACACUGUAUCCAGUACUCCAGCACGUGGAAGGCUCUGGCCCAGGACGUGAAAGACUGGCAGGAUGCCAUCAGUGUGGGCGUGUUGGAUUGCGCUCAAGAGGAAAACUUUGACGUCUGUAAGGACUACAGCAUCAAGUUCUACCCCACCUUCAAGUUCUUCCGGGCCCACAGUCCACCGACGGACCGAGGGACAACCUACAGAGGUGCAGACCGAUCGAUCCCGUCUGUCCGUCAGCUGAUGGUGAACAUCCUGCAGAACCACACUAAACUGGACCGGCCCGAGCACUGCCCCCCAUUAGAGCCCUACAGCUCUGCUCAGCUGCUCCCUCUGCUGGGUCAGAGGUCAGAUCACUACACGGCCAUCAUUGUGGAGGAGCCAGAUUCAUACGUUGGACGAGAGGUGAUCCUGGACCUGCUGCAGUACUCAGGUGUGCAGGUGAAGAGAGUUCUGAGCUCUGAUCGGCCCCUGCUGGACACUCUGAAGAUCACAGCUUUCCCUUCCAUCUACCUGCUUCAUCCCAAUGGGACACACGGACACCUGCACAGUGAGAAGCUGCUGCGUUUCUUCUUCUCGUCCUUGUUGAGGACGUUACCUGGAGUCCAGCGGUGGUCGAAGUCAGGCAGCAGCAGUUCCAGUGCGGGCCAGAUGAGGGUGCUGCCGGACAAGCAGAAUACAGAACCGUGGAGGGACUUCGACAGGUCCAAGGUGUACACGGCUGACCUGGAGUCAGCCCUCCACUACCUUCUGAGAGUCGAGCUGGCUACCCACAAUACACUGGAGGGGGAGGAGCUAAAGAUCUUCAAGGACUUGGUCACUUUAGUGGCAAAGCUCUAUCCAGGUGGGGGCUCUGUGGUGAAGCUGAUGGAGACUCUCUCUGAUUGGCUGCUCAGUAUGCCACUGCAGCGAAUCCCCUAUCAGGCCGUCCUGGACCUGGUGGAUAACAAGAUGAGGAUCUCAGGUGUGUUCCUAGGGGCGGAGCUUCGUUGGGUGGGUUGUCAGGGCAGCAGGGAGGGGCUCAGAGGUUACCCGUGUUCCCUCUGGACUCUGUUCCAUGUUCUGACUGUCCAGCAUGAUGCCAAUCCCACCGCACUGGAGAACACAGGUCUGGAGGGCGAGGCGGUGCCGGUGCUGCAGGUGAUGCGCCGCUACAUCCGGACGUUUUUCGGCUGCCAGGAGUGUGGCCGACACUUCGAACAGGCGGCGGCGGCCAGCAUGGACACCGCACAGAACCGAGAGCAGCAGAUCCUGUGGCUGUGGCAGCAACACAACCGGGUCAACAUGAGGCUGGCUGGAUCUCUGAGCGAUGACCCCCUCUUCCCUAAAGCUCCGUGGCCGAGCCCCUCCCUGUGUGCUUCCUGCCAUGAGGAGAAAAAUGGCGUCCACGUCUGGAACCAAGACAACGUCCUCCGCUUCCUCCGACAUCACUACAGCGCCUCCAACCUGUCCCCCAAGUACUCCGUGACUCCCCCACAACUCCCCGCUCCUCUGGUUCCUGACCCUGCAGGGACGAGCCGGCCUCGGGAGGAGCACAGGGGAGCCGCGAGGAGCGAUACGGAGAAGAAAGCCUCCACCCGGACUCCUCGUCCGGGACACCAGGCUGUGAAAGGGAAGGAGAGAGGGGAGGUGGUAGGUAUGGGAGGUGGAGUCUGGAUUCUGGGUCUGGGUUUUAACAGCGUGGACAUGAGUCUGUGUGUGGUGCUGUACGUCUGCUCCUGCCUCUUUCUUAUGCUCCUCUGCUUCUUCUUCAAAGUGCGAUCCAGGAGGUGGAAGCUCCGACACUCCCGCCUCCAUGUCUGACCCAGCCCGGAUACAGGCAGGUUAAACAGGACCAGAGCUGGUUCAGGUUCAGGGCUGGUACGGAACUCUUCAAGAUCUAAGACGUCAAUGAUUCUGUCUCUCUUCAGGUGGUUUUCACAAAUUGAUGGAUCACUGAAUCAGUGAUCCAUCAAUUGUGUGAUCGGUGAUGAUAGCUGCAGUUUAAACCUGCAGCAGCUAUAGAAAUGAAUUUUUGGUCUGUGAAUCCAGGGAAUAGAAACCUGAGUGGAAAGCUGCUUAAUUCUGGUCUGAUUCUCUGUGCAGCUAAAUGUCUGAAAACAUUUGAACCAUGAAAAAGGAGCUGCAGGAAGCUCGAGCUGUUUGCUGUCAGUCUGACUCCUUAUUUCUCCGACCUCUGUGAUGGAGGUAGAGAACGCACGAACAGCAAAUACAGCAAGCUGAAAUGAAGUGGAAUGAUCCUUUAAAUUCCACCAGAGGUUUUGAAGUUUGUUUUCAAGCCUAAGGUGACUGGAUGUAAUUUGUAGCUGCAAAAUUUGAUUAAAUUGAGAUAUUUUUUUAAUGAACUUCUAAUCUGUAACACCCACAGACUGUAUAUAGAGAUGGCCAUAUCUUCCAGGUCGGAAAAGGUAAAGCCUUAAACCUGCAUUCUUUGUAAUGUCCAAUAGGGGGCGACUCCUCUGGUUGUAAAAAGAAGGCUGACUGUUUAGAAGCUGUUGAGAAAAUAAAGCACCUCCUCCUCUCGCCCCACUAAGGAUCUCAGUUUCCCCUCAAGCAUAUAGUUUCACCCCCAGAGAAACCAGUUUCCCUCAGUUGACAUGUCUGCUUUCACAAAGCUAAAAUGGCGAUGGUGAACAUGCUCAGCUCCAGAGUGAUGUCACAGUAGCUGUGUCCAUCUUUUUUAUACAGUCUGCUGUCUUGUUCUGAGACCAGCAGCUGAAACGUUUACUGUCCCUGGAAAAACUGAUACUGGAUCCCAGUGAGUAAAAAUUCCGUUAUUAUUAAACUGAUAUUUUUGUUUAUAUUGAACGAGUUAAUGAAGUUUUCCUUAUUUAUAAACUUUUCAGCAGUUUAUUUCACCCGCUCGUUAACAGCGUUCGGUGCUUCAUUUGGGGUUUUAGUGUCAAACGAGUCAGCUCCACUGGACCUUUAUUCCAGCAGCCGCUGAGAAUCUGUCCUUACAGAACCGCCAGAUUAGUCAGACACAAGGAAAGAUCUCCAAAGCUCACAAAAACAAAAAAAAAAA